GGUCUCGCCGCCGGUGCUCACUGCACGAACCGUCGCCGUUGUCGUGUGCCAGGGAAUCAGUUUUGGCGGACCAUUGUCGGCGGAAGGACGAACAGACAGGACUUUGCUUCAUCGUCGUCGUAUUCGUCGUCGUCGUCGUCGUCGUCUUAGUCUUCGACAUAUAUUAUCGAGCUGUGCAUGUCGAUAAAGCGUUUUCGGCCAUUCGAGCGCAGUCAGACAAAACAAUAAUUUAUGUUAUUUGUACCAGUGGCGAGCCUUCAGUGCGCUAUUGGUGCUGGUGAUGCUAUCGAAUCCGACGACUAUUACAGUCGAUUCGCCCUCCGUAACGCAUAGUUGCAAACGCCACUUGUUGUUUUCACGGUCCGAAACCCACUGCCACACGCGGUCGGGGCCCGUUUCGAUAAUCAGUUUAAGAAGUAAAUUACGUGACGAUAACAUUGUUUGUAUACACUAUACGGUAUACAUAAUAUAGAUGUGAGGAGGAAACUGUUCAUUUGGAAAAUCACUUUACUAUAUUUUUCAACCUUUCUCAGGUUACAAUAUGACUGACGGCAUUUGUUAUUAACCGAAAGCUUAAGUAAUGAGUACGAGUAUUCGGUUACAGGAAAAGUCAGUUUCCACAGAUCCAGAGGAAUUGGAGGAUCUAGACCACGAAGACUACCGAGUGCAUCACAUACUGGCGGCACUAGUCAACCGAAAAGUCAUAUCCAUCAAGGCGGAUAUUUGUGAGGCCAAACUCAAAUGGAGGAUACAACCAAAGUUAUUGGUACAAAGAUUGGCAGAGAAAAAUUCAAAAAACAAACGCAAACUUGGACGCCGAAAGGGUCGCUGCAUGCAUUCAUGUCAAAAACACCAUCAUCAUCAUCACCAUCAUCAUCAUCAGCAUAGACAUGAUCUAGAUCACCAAUUAUUUCACCAUCAUCACCACCAUUGUGAUGGAAUCGUUCGACAAGAAGAACCUGUCCAAGUUGAAGAAUGGCCUCAGACUCAAAGACCUGCUGUACCAUAUUUAGGUGGACACAUCCUUACCGCCGCUUUGCAAAGAUCCACUGCUGGCAUGUCAGAAGAAAAUCGUCAUUAUACAGACGCUCAAAACCCAAAGACUCGGUUGAAAAAAAAAGUUCGGAGAACGAGAUUUGGAGAAGAUAAACAUAAUGUAAUGAGACCUCAUCCCGUACCUACUAUACAUCCAGACGACUUACCUCAAAGAGCGAGAUGGACAAUUAUCAUUACUGCCGGUCUAUUGCUCAUCACUUGUAUGCUGUUGGUGGGCGUAACACUAAGAAUGGCACCUGUAAUUGACGAACUCGUUCGAAAUAAAAACGAAGAGUUGAUGAAUUCACUAGAUCGAGAAGAAUUUGGACCAUCAGACAAUAACACUGAAUAUAUGUAUAGGUAACACCUUCAAUAAAUUUUAACCUUCUAACAUUUUUACUAAAAACAUUAUAAUAAUAAAUAUGUUAAACAACAUUUAAUUAAGAAGCCUACUAAUAUUAUUGUGGUAAAUGUAAAUCUUAUAAUAUGUUAAAACGUUAAUUUGUUAUACAAUUGUAAAUAUUGUUGCGUAAAGAAAUCAUCGUCCAAAGUUAAUUUCUAAAUAAUAAUAUAUGGCAAUCAUUGAUUUCUAGAUUUUUGUACUUUGAAUGUUUAACAUAAUAUUUUAAUGUCUAUAUAGAAGAUGUAACCUGUAAGCUGUAAAUUAUUAUAAUUGUUUUGGAACUAUUAUGAUAUUUGUAUAUGAUUAUUGAUAGUUAUGUUUUUAUCGUAUGUAAGCCGAAAAAACUAUAUUUAUAUAUUAUAUUUAAACUAAAGUUAUAACCUAAAUGUAUUUUUAAAGUUUAUUAAAAUCAAUGAUAUAAUCAUAAUUUAAAUUAGCUAUGAAUUUAUAAUACUUAGUUGUUUUUUACGUCGUCAAAUAAAUAAUUUUUCAUAAUUUUUCUACAAAUAAAAUUGACCUUUUGUUUGUAUAUUAUUAAUCUCAAAAUGUAAAAUAGAUAAUUCUAAAGUUGUAAUAAAACGAUCUCCAAUUGUAAUUCUACUAUGCGUGCGUUAUUUUUGACUGACGACUGUACAUAAUAUUAUAAUAUCUAGUGAAGAUUUUUUUUUUUUUUUUACACAUCACAAAGAUAAAAAAUAUACAAUACAAUGUUUUAGUCGAAGUAAGGAGAAAUUAACGUACAAAACAUGAUACAGCCCAAAUAACAACCGAAGUACCCAUUAACAAUUGAUAUACGACGACAGUUAAUGCACUCAAAAACGAUUGAGGUUCCAAAUAUAUUAGAUGAACGAACAUAGUUAAACAUCUUGAGCAUUCAAAGCAUUUUGACCAUGAGGACUUUUCGAACAUCAAGCCUAUGCUCGUCAAUGACCAGACAACAUAAAACGUAGAAAUUGCCUUGCAUGUAAAAUUAAUUUCCUAGAACAAAUAUUAAGAAACAUUAAUCGUCAACGUUUACAAGCUACAAACUAUAUAAUAUUAUGUACUAUUAACACUAUAUUUAACACUCCUAUGACCAGGGCUGUGAAUGAUUUUUAGUAUCAAUAAUAAUAUACUUGUUAUACAAAUCUAAUAAAGUAUAAUAUUAUACUAUCACUUUAAAUAACAAACGAUUGUAUAAUAUGUAAAUUGUUAAAGAAAUUGUUUUUCAUAAUGUACAUAUUUUGUUAAUUCGUAUGUAUAAUUUUAAUGUUAAUUUUAUACUUAGUGAGGUACCUAUUAAUAUCAAUAUUAACAUCCCAGCGUUAUAAAUGUUUAUUAUAUUUUUUUUUUUUUUUUUUUUUACCACAUUUACAAUAAUACGCUUAUUUUAAUUAUUAUUUUAUUUUUAUUAAGUCUAUAUAUGCAUAAUUUUACUUUUUAUACUGAAAUUUUUUUUGGGCAUAUUUCUAAUGCUUAUUGCCUACUGCCCUAUCAUUGAAUUCACAGCUCUACCAAUGACAGCAUUGAAAAUUAUACAAAUUAACGAGUUGACGACAAAUCAUCGAACAUUUUUAAAUGUAUAAAGACAAUUUCGUCUUAGGCCAUUGUUAUUUAUUUAUUUUUAAUUUUAAUUUUAUUUAUAUGUCCACUUGAAUAUAUUAUGUAGAUACCAUAUAUUACUCUAAUAAUAAGUAAUAAACCAAAAUGUAAACAAUAAGAAUAUGUUUACCUAUAUGUUAUUUAUUUAUAUAUAAGUAUUAGUAAAUUUAUAUUUAUUUUAUUUAAUUUGGAUGCUAAACAAUUUUAAAAUUUAAAUCUCAUACUUACGGUGGUUAUUUAAUAUAUUAUUAUACCAAUAUUAUACAUUUAAUCCUACAUUUCUAACUUAAUAAUAUUAUUAUCAUAGAAUUUCAAAUGUUAUAGUUAAAUUAUAUUUUUUACAGAUGUUUUCUUUUUUUUUAAUUCAAAUAAAUAUUUCAAAAAUAGUCUGAUGACACCGAAUUAUUGACUCAAGUUUUCGUUUUUAUAUUAUUAAAAAUAACAUUUUUAUGAUAAUCAUUCCGAUUUUUAUUUUAAAGUAAUUUUGUUGUUAUUUUAUAAAAUUACAUUUUUAUACAUUUAAAAUAUUAAAUUAAACAUGAAAUAUUUUAAUAACUGCUAUAGUUUCAAUUCAGGUACAAAUAAUACAACUAAUUAUCUCAAACGGUUUCAAUGGUUUAUAUUAUAUUGUGUUCAGGAUUAACAAAAGUGAACAAAAUAAAAAAAUAGAAUUGUUAUCACUUCUGUCAAAUUGUAUUAGUUUCAGCCCUAUCAUAUCCAAUCUCAUUGUCCAGAGUUUAUAAAAAAUUUAAAGUGCGUUUCGAAAUAUUAAUAAAAUAUUAUUUGAUAUUAUAAUGUUUUCUUAUCAAGUAAUGGAUUUAUGUUUAAUUUCUUUUUUUUUUAAUUACAAGUUUAUAAAA